CAUCCCCAGCUCGGGCCCCGCAUCCAGGCCGCCGGGAUGGACGUGUUCAUGAAGGGCCUGUCCAUGGCCAAGGAGGGCGUCGUGGCUGCCGCGGAGAAAACCAAGCAGGGGGUCACCGAGGCGGCCGAGAAGACCAAGGAGGGCGUCCUCUACGUCGGAAGCAAGACCAGAGAGGGGGUGGUACAAGGAGUGGCCUCAGUGGCUGAGAAAACCAAGGAGCAGGCAUCACAUCUGGGAGGAGCUGUGUUCUCUGGGGCUGGGAACAUCGCAGCAGCCACAGGCCUGAUGAAGAAGGAGGAAUUCCCCACUGAUCUGAAGCCUGAGGAAGUGGCCCAGGAAGCUGCUGAGGAGCCACUGAUAGAGCCCCUGAUGGAGCCAGAAGGAGAGAGCUAUGAGGAACCACCCCAGGAGGAAUAUCAGGAAUAUGAGCCAGAGGCCUAAGGGGCCAGGAGGGCCCCCCACCAGCAGCACAAUCCCUUCCU